UGCCGCCCCCACGCCUACCGGUCCCGCGGAGCUGGCGUCCAGUCUCCUAGCAACGACGCGAGACUGCCAGGGACCGUUCUUCUCAUCCUUCGGGUCUCUUCAGUUUGCGACCAGUAAAGCCACGCCACACACUUGUAACUCCAGAUCCUUCGCUCUGAUUUUACUCCUGUCUUCCACCGCACCCCCAGCAACUGACUCUGAACCAUCCAUCCCUGUCCUUGUCGCCUCAGUCUUCCCUCCAGGCUUCUCUCCAAGCUGGGUGCCCUCAUCCCAACCGCCCGGCUCUAAGCUUCUCUGCUCCCCUUAGUCUAUCUCCUGCCUCAAACAGCCGCUAUUUAUUUUAGGUCAUGCCAGGAGGCAAGCAGGAAGCUAAGAGUGCUGCCCAGGGUACAGAGGAAGGCGAAGUCUGCAUUACCGAAGCCCUGAUCACCAAGAGGAACUUGACCUUUCCUGAGGAUGAAGACCUGUCAGAAAAGAUGUUUCAUACUCUUGAUGAACUGGAGACUGUCCGUCUGGAUCGGGAAGGGAUUACUUCUAUCAGGAAUUUAGAGUGCCUCCGGAAUAUUCACAGCCUCUACCUGCAGUCGAAUAAGAUCCAGCGAAUUGAGAACUUGGCAUGCAUCACUUCUCUGCGCUUCCUGUCUCUGGCAGGAAACCAAAUCAGGCAGGUGGAAAACCUCCUUGACCUCCAGUACCUCCAGUUUCUGGACCUUUCUGACAACCUGAUAGACGUGCUAAAGCUAGAUGAGCUCCCCCAGAGCCUUCUCAUCCUCAACCUGUGUGGAAACACCUGCACCAACCAAAAUGGCUACAGGAAGAUGGUGAUAGGAGCCCUGCCGCUGCUCUUGGACCUAGACAAGCAGCCUAUAUUGGAGCGCUGGACCUCAGAGGAUGAUGAUGAUGACGAGGAAUCCUUGGAUGAGGAGGAGGAAUUUCCAGAGCUGAAUGGCCCAUUCUGCACAGAGCGAAGAUUCUUCAAGGACCUGGACCAGGAACUGCAGCAGCAUCAAGAGCGAAGGCAGCAGACGGUCCUUGCAGAGCACUUGUCCAGGAUGGAGAUCCAGCCUGUCCUCACUGACCUGCCCCAGCUGCCUGCAGUGCCCAUGGCUGGGGACUGCAGCCCUGCUGUCACCACGCAGCCUGAGAAAGAGGCCGCCUCUCAGGCCACCUCCUCCACCCAGACCUCCUCUUCUACCAAGAAACCAGUUCCCAAGAGCCAGAAAUGCUCUGUCCCGGCAAGGAAGGGGGCUCCAGCAGCCACAGCCUCCAAGACCUCUCCGGCUGCAGCCCCCAGCAUGACAAAAAGUACAGUCAAAAGGAACAGGAAGUAGUGCACAGCCCCUCCCUCACUUGUGGCAGGAGCCCCACCCCCAAUAAAGUAUCUUUGGGCUUUGGAAUGCUUUUCAUGUCCCAUGGGCUAAGUCAAGGAAAGAAACCAAAACCAGAAGUCAAAAACACAAUCCCCCAAAGCAGCUUAAUUUUCAGGAAUGACCCAAAGGGCUGGCAUCUCUCUGAGUCCCCAGCUGGCUUGCUGGGCCAUAGGUGGGCAACAAGUGGGGACCACCUCACAAAGGAUGCUGUCUCAUGGUGAGAUAGCUUUGUGUUAUUGCUUUGGUUUCUUUUGUUGUUGUUGUUUUGAGACAGGGUUUCUCCAUGUAGUUUUGGUGCCUGUCCUGGAUCUCGUUCUGUAGACCAGACUAGCCUCACAGAGAUCCGCCUGGCUCUGCCUCCCGAGUGCUGGGAUUAAAGGCGUGCGCCACCAC